UUGACCACCAUACUUCCGCUUUCUAACCUUUCAAGAUUUCCUUUUCACGACGUGCUCGCGACAAUGCAGAAAAAACAGAAAGAACCGAUCCAUUCAGUCCAAGUUUUUGGACGCAAAAAAAGUGCAACAGCUGUUGCAUAUUGUAAACGUGGUCGUGGAAUUCUACGAGUAAAUGGACGACCCUUGGAGUUGAUUGAACCCCGAGUUCUUCAAUAUAAACUUCAAGAACCCAUUCUUUUAUUGGGAAAGGAAAAAUUUUCUGGUGUUGACAUUAGAGUAAGAGUGAAUGGUGGUGGUCACGUAGCUCAAAUUUAUGCUAUCAGACAAGCUAUCUCUAAAGCUUUAGUAGCGUAUUACCAAAAAUAUGUUGAUGAAGCUAGCAAGAAAGAAGUUAAAGACAUUUUGAUUCAAUAUGAUCGUACACUACUUGUCGCUGAUCCUAGAAGAUGUGAACCCAAGAAAUUCGGUGGUCCAGGUGCUCGAGCACGAUACCAGAAAUCUUAUCGUUAAUUACUAUUUGUUUUACGUGUAAGCGUAAUGAUGUAAUAAUAAAAGAAAAAAGAAAUUA